AUGACAACCUCGCUGGAUGCUCCAUCGGAAUUCGUCUACCACGUCCAUCACAUCCCAAAAAACAAUCCCAUCCUCCUCUCUUACCUCGCCGGAAAAUUCGCUUCACUUAAACUGAAUGCUGUGCAAGUAGAAAAAGCCGCUUUCUCCGCAACCUUCGCCUCAGAAUCCAUCCCCUCCUUCACCUCUCGCAUCGAGAAGCUAAAACUCCCCCAUAUCCACACGUUCGUCGCAGUAGCUUACCCCAACUCCACACCACCUUCAGAACAAACAAUCGAUCAAGGAGACUUCAUCGGUUGCUUAACCCUCAUCGGACCCAUUCCAAAGACCACCUACGAAUGGCCUGAGAGCGGAGGUCGCGCCAUCGGCUGCGAUGAGGAAGAAACGAAAUGGCAGAUGACUGGUGUAUACACCAGUCCGAACCAUCGCGGUCACGGUGUAGGGAAGUUAUUGAUCAACUCCGCUUGUGAGUUUGCUGUGCAGCAAUCGGGUGAAAAGGCGAGUAGAGUUCGGGCUUGUACGCAUCCUUUGAAUAAGAAGGCGCUGGAAUUAUAUCUCAAGUUGGAUUUUGAGAGGGCGGGGACUUGUAAUAGGUAUGAGGCCCAGAAAGCGAAUGAAGAGGUGUUGCCGGAUAGGGAGACGAUGGAUCCGGCGGUUUGGUUUAGUAAGGUUGGGCCUGUGCUUGAGAGAACUUCUUCGGGGGCUUGA